AUGAGCGACAAGGAAUCUGAAGAAAAAAAGCCUGUAGUUAUAAAAAACGCAACUGAUCUUCAAAGGCUGAAAUUGGAAAAGUUAAUGAAAAAUCCGGACAAACCAGUUAUAAUACCUGAAGGUCCCAAAACAAAAUCAUUGGCUCCUCCGCCAGAUUUCGUUCGAAAUGUGAUGGGUUCUAGCGCCGGAGCAGGUUCAGGAGAAUUCCAUGUUUAUAGACAUCUCAGGAGAAAAGAAUAUGCCCGACAGAAAUUUAUACAAGAAAAAAGUGAAAAGGAAAAACUUGAAGAAGAAUAUCAUAGAAAAAUAGAAGAAAAUAAAAAAAAUGCUGAAGAAAAAACAGCAAAAAAAAGAGCUAAAAGGCUAAAGAAAAAACAAAAGGCAAAAAUGAAAGAAAAAAGGCCUAAAAAAGAUAAUACUUCCGAUAAUCAAAAAUCUUCUCAAUCUGACACCAAUGAUGAUGAUGAUUCAGAUAAGGAUGAAGCAACAGAAUGUGAUAAUUCGAAGAAAGCUGAUAACAAUUUA